AUGGCAUCAGAUAUUCCUGGCUCGGUGGCCUUGCCAGUGGCUCCGAUGGCGAGCGGACAAGUGAGGAUGGCAGGAUCCAUGCCUUCCAGAGGAGGAAAGCGUCGCUCUGGAAUGGACUUUGAUGAUGAAGAUGGGGAGGGGCCCAGCAAAUUUUCAAGGGAGAAUCACAGUGAGAUCGAGAGGCGCAGGAGAAAUAAGAUGACACAGUACAUCACCGAGCUGUCGGACAUGGUGCCCACGUGCAGCGCCCUGGCUCGGAAGCCUGACAAGCUGACCAUUCUCCGCAUGGCUGUUUCCCACAUGAAAUCCAUGAGGGGCACUGGGAACAAAUCUACUGAUGGAGCUUACAAGCCUUCCUUUCUUACAGAACAGGAACUGAAGCACCUUAUCCUGGAGGCUGCAGAUGGGUUCCUGUUUGUAGUUGCAGCUGAGACAGGAAGAGUGAUCUAUGUAUCAGACUCUGUGACUCCUGUGCUAAACCAGCCUCAGUCUGAAUGGUUUGGCAGCACUCUGUACGAACAGGUUCAUCCAGACGACGUGGAAAAGCUGCGAGAGCAACUGUGUACAUCUGAGAACUCUAUGACAGGACGAAUCCUGGACUUGAAGACGGGGACAGUAAAGAAGGAAGGUCAGCAGUCCUCAAUGAGAAUGUGCAUGGGAUCCAGGCGCUCUUUCAUUUGCAGGAUGAGGUGUGGAAAUGCUCCUCUGGAUCAUUUACCUCUGAACAGAAUAACCACCAUGAGAAAAAGAUACAGGAAUGGCCUGGGCCCAGUGAAAGAAGGUGAAGCACAAUAUGCUGUUGUCCAUUGCACUGGCUAUAUCAAGGCUUGGCCACCAGCAGGAAUGACUAUACCAGAAGAAGAUGCUGAUGUGGGACAAGGUAGUAAAUACUGCCUCGUGGCAAUAGGAAGGCUUCAGGUGACCAGCUCUCCCGUGUGCAUGGACAUGAACGGCAUGUCAGUCCCCACGGAGUUCCUGUCCAGGCACAACUCUGAUGGAGUCAUCACCUUUGUGGACCCAAGGUGCAUCAGCGUCAUUGGCUACCAGCCCCAGGAUCUUCUGGGGAAAGAUAUUUUAGAAUUCUGCCAUCCUGAAGAUCAAAGCCAUUUGCGAGAGAGUUUCCAACAGGUGGUAAAACUGAAAGGUCAAGUCCUGUCUGUGAUGUAUCGUUUUCGCACCAAAAACCGGGAGUGGAUGCUGAUCAGAACCAGCAGCUUCACAUUUCAGAAUCCUUACUCUGAUGAGAUCGAAUACAUCAUCUGCACCAACACUAACGUUAAACAACUUCAGCAACAGCAAGCAGAACUCGAAGUACAUCAAAGAGAUGGGCUGUCAUCCUAUGACUUAUCUCAGGUGCCUGUUCCAAGUAUACCAGCUAAUGUUCACGAGGGUGGAAAGUCUGUGGAAAAGCCUGAUGCUAUCUUCUCCCAAGAGAGAGAUCCUAGAUUUGCUGAGAUGUUUGCUGGAAUAACUGCUUCAGAUAAAAAAAUGAUGGCCUCUGCAUCCACAGCGGGAAACCAGCAGCUUUACUCACAGGGAAGCCCAUUUCAGCCAGGACACUCGGGAAAAACUUUCAGUUCAUCUGUGGUGCAUGUGCCUGGUGUGAACGACAUCCAGUCUUCCUCCUCGACAGGCCAGAACCUGACACAGAUAUCCCGGCAGCUCAACCAGAGCCAGGUGGCCUGGACAGGAAAUCGCCCACCAUUUCCAGGACAGCAAAUUCCAUCUCAGUCUGGCAAGGCUCAGUCGUCUCCCUUUGGGAUUGGAACAAGUCACACCUACCCAGCUGAUCCAUCAUCCUACAGCCCCCUGUCCAGCCCAGCCACCUCUUCUCCAAGUGGGAAUGCCUACUCCAGCCUAGCAAACCGAAGUGCAGGCUUUGCUGAAGGUGGCCAGAGCAGUGGGCAGUUCCAGGGGAGACCUUCCGAAGUGUGGUCGCAGUGGCAGAGCCAACACCACAACCAGCAGAGCAGCGACCAGCACUCACACCCACAGCCCAACCAGACCGAGGUGUUCCAGGACAUGCUGCCGAUGCCGGGGGAUCCAACACAGGGCACUGGCAAUUACAACAUUGAAGAUUUUGCUGACCUGGGCAUGUUUCCACCUUUUUCCGAGUAG